UUUUAAAAACUUUAAAACUAAAUGUUUAUUAUAAAAUUGGUGACAAUAAGUGUUUUAUUAUCGGUAACAACAUGUGAACCAUUGUCGCCGCCGACCACUACCGGCCGGCAAGUGGCCACUGGUACCCGUCGGCGACGUGUGCUAUUGAUGCGGCGGCCGUUUAACGGUAACAAUGGCGGCCGUAAUGUACGGCGAGUGUCGACCGUAUCGUCAGGCGGUGGUCAUCAGAUACCCGAGGGUACUGUCCGGCUAGUGGGCGGACAGCACCAAUGGGAGGGCAACGUCGAGAUCUAUCAUAUGGGUCGGUGGGGGUCCGUCUGCGACGAUGAAUGGGAUCUAAUGGAUGGUCACGUUGUCUGCAAAUCCCUGGGCUAUACGGCCGGUGCACAGAUGGCCACAAAUAAUGCACAGUUUGGCCGAUCAAGGAAGCUAAUAUGGAUGGAUAAUGUCUAUUGUAGUUCAACUGAGAGGACACUGUCUGACUGUCAGUUUGAUGGCUGGAAAAUACACGACUGCACCACCAAUGAGGCGGCGGGUGUUGUCUGCAAAACUACUACUACUACUACUACUAGCAAUGCCAACAACAAUGCCAUUAAUAAUACUAAUACUAAUAGCAUCUCUCCGAUGGUGGUAGUGGUGACCACCAACAACCUCACGGCCAGUGGUGGUGGCGGUAGUGGUCGCAUAGCAUAUAAUGGUAGUGAUAUCAGUAGCACCGGUAGCAUAGGUGGUGGUACUACAGCCGCUAGCAAUAGUAGUAGUAGUAGUAGUAGUGAGAGAAGACAUGCACUUUUGUUUAACAGCAUAAGCAAUGAUGAGCCCAUACCUACUACUACUACUACAACACCGUCAACAACAACACCAACAACGACAACGAUUACUAAUUCUGUUGUGAGCACCGGGAGAAACGCCAAAAUAAGAACUCAAUGGACGGGUAGUUAUAAUAAUAAUAAUAAUAAAGACAUCAAUCUUCGUCUGUCUGGCGGUCAACAUAGAUAUGAGGGCAGAGUUGAGAUCAGAUUCAACAACGACGACAAUAACCAGGACUGGCGUCUGGUUUGCGGUGACGGUUGGAGUCUAUUGGAGUCGAUGGUUGUUUGCCGACAACUGGGUUUAGGCUAUGCCUCCCAUGCCAUCCAAACUAACGUUUUCGGAUCGCAUAACUUGUCGCUGGCUGUCUCAGGGCUCAGGUGUAAGGGCUAUGAAAAAGGGUUGGCCGACUGCGAGAUCAACUCACUGGGCGGUAGCGGUGGUGGUGUUGGUGAUGAUGUCCAUAGUUGUCCAGUUAGUCAUCAUAAUGUUGCCGGCGUUAUGUGUACAUCAGACCUCCCAGAUCUGGUACCCGAUGAGCGUGAAAUAGAGAGAUCAGCUUAUCUGGAGGAUCGUAUGCUAUUGCUAUUACAGUGCGCUAUGGAGGAAAACUGUCUGGCCAGCAGCGCCUAUACUAUUGUACGUAAUGAACCCGGUUGGCAAUUUGAAACCCGUCGGCUACUGCGAUUCACUGCCCGCAUAGCCAACAUAGGAACUGCCGAUUUUAGGCCAUUCCUACCCAAGCAUACCUGGGACUGGCAUCAGUGUCACCGACACUAUCACAGUAUGGAAGUUUUCGCCCAUUUCGACAUAUUGGACGGCCAAGGUAGACGGGUAGCUGAGGGACAUAAGGCUAGUUUUUGUCUGGAAGAUAACAAUUGUAAGGAUAACGGUACCCGAAAGUAUGCCUGCGCUAACUAUGGCGAUCAGGGUAUCAGUGUCGGAUGCGUCGACACUUAUUUAUAUAACAUAGACUGCCAGUGGAUCGACAUUACCGAUCUACCACCCGGUGUCUACCAACUAAAGGUGUCCAUAAAUCCCGAGUUUAAGGUAUCGGAGCUCAGUUUUGACAAUAAUGCCGCUUUGUGUUCAUUUUAUUACAACACUUAUAUGGGUCGGGUGUAUAACUGUACGCUUACCAGACCAUAGACGGGAUAGGAUGGUAUGGGAUGGGAUGAUGAUGACUGCCAUUGUAUGUGUGUGUGUGUGGGUAUAUAAAUAUAUUUAGUAGUAU